GUUCUUCCGGUCGGCAUUUUGUUCUGCAAGAGAAGGAGGAGAGUCUGAGUGGAUCCCUUUUAUCACCGCGUCAAUAGUAUUUCUGUUUUUCACAUUUGAUUGUUUUCCGAAACCCGUUGGAAUUUAAACUCAUCUUCUGCCGGUGUUGGGGAUAAACCGGUGCAAGGACUGGUUAUGGGAAUGUUUGCCCCUCUCCAAGCAUAGAUGUUUGCAGUGAGAAGGAAGAACGAACCCUCCCGAACCGGAUUAUUGUUGUUAUAUUAUUACUCGGAGGAGCUGUUCKAGCGAUAGAACGGAGAGGGAGCUAGAGACACGGAUCCAACCCCCUUGCAACCAUUUCUUUUUAUCAACACAUCCAGAGCGGUUGGGAGAUGUGAGGAACAGUCGGAGAGCGACGACAUUGAGCUACCUGUGCAUCGACACGACUCCCCCACCCCCAUCUUCAGCAUGAAUGGGGAUAUGCCUCAUGUUCCCAUUACUACUCUUGCUGGGAUCGCUAGCCUUACAGACUUGUUAAACCAGCUGCCCCUGCCAUCCCCUCUCCCUGCCACCACCACUAAGAGUCUGCUGUACAAUGGGAGGAUCGCGGAGGAGGUCAACUGUCUGCUGGCCUGCCGGGAUGAGAACCUGGUGUCCCAGCUGGCUCACAGCCUCAACCAGGUUUCCACCGAGCACAUAGAGCUGAAGGACAACUUGGGCAGUGAUGACCCGGAGGGUGACGUGCCUGUGCUGCUGCAGACAGUGCUCUCUAGGAACCCCAACAUCUUCAGGGAGAAAAAUAUAAUGCAGCAGCCAAUAAUGCCGCAGUACAAGAUGUCCCAGAAUUCCAUGCAUGGGAGUCCGGCGUCGACAAACUACCAGCAAUCCACUAUCUCACACAGCCCUUCUAGUCGCUUUGCAUCUCCACAGAUGGGGUCCGGCGCUAGGUUCACACCCCAGCAGAACAGCCCUGUGCCUAGCCCUUAUGCCCCCCAAAGCCCUGCAAGUUACAUGCAGCAGUACCCUCAUCCCCCCAGCUAUUCUCAGCACCAACAGAUCCAGCAAGAGCUGCAUGGUUCCCCUGUCGUUCCGGCUGCACCCUCUUAUUCAGGAAGCCCCAAGAGGCCUGUGCAGCCCUGCCUAGAGGUGCAGACCCAGCCCCAGGCCUCCCCCCACCAGAACCCCUCCACCCCAACCUUAGUUGCCAGUCCCGUGGUUCCUGCUAGCAUGCGGAACAUCCACGACAACAAGGUCUCCGGGCAAAUUUCAAGCAACUCAGCCAAUCACAAUGCCAGACAUGGCUCGAACGAAGACUACAUGAACAUAGUCCACAGACUAGGGAAUGAGGAGAGUGAUCCUUCCAUGAGAAAUGCCUCCUUCCCGCUCCGAUCGCCCCAGUCUGUUUCUUCCCCUGUGGGCAGCGAAGGGACCCCAAAAGGGUCACGACCUGGCCUCAUUCUGCAAUCCCCUCCACCUUAUGCUCCCCCCCGUGACUCCGCUCCCGACCUCCUCCUGGACUCUCCUGACCACAAGAAGAAGCAGAAGAAGCUAACUAAAGAGGAGAAAGAGCAGUUGGAAAAAGCUGCCAUGUACGACAUUGUYAGCUCUCCCUCUAAAGACUCUACCAAGCUGACGCUCAAACUGUCCCGGGUGAAGUCCUCUGAGUUGGACCAAUCUGGAGAGCUCCUAUCCGGGGUAGAGGACCAGGACACUGACCUGGCCUACAACAGCCUGCAGUUCUCCCGGACGCAGCAGGACCCUGCCCACAGGUUAGCCCCGGGCCAGGGGGAGCAGUCAGGCUACCAGCAGGUCCCUGUGCUCCAGAACACCAAACAGGCUAUAGGGGUGAUCAGCGGAGCUGUGUACGACGAUGCUGAGAUGGAUGCUCUUGCUGAGAUCGAGAGGAUAGAACGAGAGACGCUCAUAGAAAGGGAGCGCUGCUCCAAAGAGGUUCAGGAUAAAGACAAGCCACUGAAGAAGCGGAAGCAGGACUCGUAUCCCCAAGAGCCUGGCGCUGGAGGUACAGCGGGGGCAACUCAGCCUGGYGUGGGAGGGGGCAAUGCUGGCAGCAAGUUGGCACCCCAGGAGGCUAGUGCAGCCAGUAAUGGUGCCAGCCGGCCUGCCCUAAUGGUCAGCAUCGACCUGCAGCAAGCAGGCAGAGCUGACGGGCAGCCAGAGGUGAACAUGGGCACCCCCACCCCAGCCGUGGAGGCCCGGCGCUGGCCCGAGGAACGCCUGGGUCCAGAGGACGGCUCCGACUCUACCGGAGUCCUGCGGCUAAAGUCCAAGACGGAUGGAGAGCGACUACAGACUGCAGACGGCCGGCCAGAGGUCAUCAAGCAGCGYGCCGACACMCCCAAGAAGCUGGGCCCCGACGGCCGACCGGAGACCCCUAAACACAAGCACGAAAACAGAAGAGACUCGUCCAAACACAGACACGACGGAAAACCUGACAAUGGCAAGGCCCGACCUGACAGCAGGACGCCUGACACGCCACGACAACGGCACGAGGGCCGCUCAGACUCUGGUCACAGGGAAGACAGGUCCCGAGACAGCGACMCAUCCCGUAUCCGCAGGCCAGAGACCCCCAGCAAGUCCAGCAGGGGGGAACACGACUCCAAACAUGGACGGGACAGAGACAGGGAGCGGGCGGAUAAAGACAGGGAGAGGAAACACAGGACAGAGGCAGGGGAACCACGGGACCGCCGGUCUCCAGAGCAGCGCUCCAGGCCAGAGAGCCCGCGGGUUAAGCAGGAGGGCCGAGGGGGGGUGGACCCCAGUGUGCGCCAGAGGACUGACCGGCCAUGCCCCAACCUCAAACCCCCUAAUAAAGAGGAGAGGAGGAGCGGGGAGGAGAGGAGGAGUGGGGACGGCAGCAGGAACCGACARGACUCCAAGCAGCAACAGCAGCCUGCUGAAAGCAAACAGGAGUUCCCUGCCUACCUGCUAGGGGGGGUAAAGUCUGGAGGCUUUAAGAACUUUGUGAUUCCCAAGAUGAAGCGGGAUAAGGAUGGGCAUGUGUUGGCAGCUGAGAUGAGGAAGCCUGGGUCUGGUCUGGGGCCUGUAAUGGAGGGCUGGAGCGAGCCCCGGGUCAAGCUGGAGCGACUGGGGCUUGUAGAGGAGAUGAAGACAGGAGCCAAACCUGUUGUGGUGCUGCAGAAACUCAGCAUCGACGAGGUGCAGAAAAUCAUCAGGGAAAGGGAGGACAGGAACGCACGCGGCUCCAAGUCCUCCAAGAGCAGACACUCUCAUGAGAAGUCUGGGAAAGGAGGUCUUGACGAAUCAGUGUUGAAAGAACUGCCUCCUCAUCUCAUUGCUGAGAUAGAGUCCACCAUGCCACUGUGUGAGAGAGUGAAGAUGAACAAACGCAAGCGCAGCACCGUCAACGAGAAGCCCAAGUAUGCCGAAGUCGACUCCGACGACUCAGACAACGACUCUGUGACGGAGUCUGCACGGAAGCGUCACAAGAAGGAGCGAGAAAAGACGUGGGCGCCUGAUGAGCGGGAGAGGAGAGGCUCAGGAGAGCACCGGAGGAGUAGUGGGGGCUCCCAGGAGCGGCGCAAGGGAUCCGGCAGGCGCUACCGAGAACGCAGCCCAGAGGAAUCGGAUGAGGAAUCCCCACCACCCAGCAUGAGUGACCUUGCCAGAAAGAUGAAGAAGAAGGAGAAACAGAAGAAGAGGAAGGCAUACGAGCCCAAGCUGACACCAGAAGAACUGAUGGACUCCUCCACGUUCAAGAGGUUCUCAGCCAGUGUGGACAACAUUCUGGAGAGCUUGGAGGACAUUGACUUCAAUGCCAUGGAUGAUGAUGAGAUCCCACAGGAGCUUCUGCUGGGGAAACACCAGCUGAGUGAGCUGGGCAGCGAAUCUGCUAAGAUCAAGGCCAUGGGCAUCACCUUCAGGCUUCCAUCUGAUAAGUUGGUGAAGGUCCUGAACAUCCUGGAGAAGAACAUUCAGGAUGGUUCCAAGCUCUCCACACUGAUGAACCAUGACGCAGACGCAGAAGACGAGGAGCGGCUGUGGCGUGACCUCAUCAUGGAGCGCGUGACCAAGUCAGCUGACGCCUGUCUGACGGCCCUCAACAUCAUGACGUCGUCCCGCAUGCCCAAGGCGGUGUACAUCGAGGACGUGAUUGAGAGGGUGCUGCAGUACACCAAGUUUCACCUGCAGAACACCCUCUACCCUCAGUAUGACCCUGUCUACAGAGUGAACCCUCAUGGAGGUGGCUAUCUGAGCUCCAGGGCUAAGAGGGCUAAAAGCUCCACACACAAGCAGAGGGUGAUCAUCAUGCUCUACAACAAGGUGUGUGACAUCGUCAGCAACAUCUCUGAGCUCCUGGAGAUCCAGCUGUUGACUGACACCACCAUCCUACAGGUCUCCUCAAUGGGCAUCACUCCAUUCUUUGUGGAGAGUGUCAGUGAGCUACAGCUGUGUGCCAUCAAACUGGUGACUGCGGUGUUCUCUCGCUAUGAGAAGCACAGGCAGCUCAUCCUGGAAGAGAUCUUCACCUCUCUGGCCAGACUACCGACCAGCAAACGCAGCCUCAGGAACUUCAGGCUGAACAGCAGUGAUAAGGAUGGGGAGCCCAUGUACAUCCAGAUGGUCACAGCUCUGGUGCUUCAGCUCAUCCAGUGUGUGGUGCACCUCCCCAACAACAGGGACAGUCACGACGAUGAGUACAACAAGAAGGUGGAUCAAGAUGUCCAGAUCACUAACUCUUAUGAGACGGCCAUGAGAGCAGCUCAGAACUUCCUGUCCGUSUUCCUAAAGAAGUGUGGCAGUAAGCAGGGAGAGGAGGACUACCGGCCGCUGUUUGAGAACUUUGUCCAGGACCUGCUGUCUACGGUGAACAAACCAGAGUGGCCAGCUUCAGAGCUUCUCCUCAGUCUGCUGGGCCGUCUACUGGUGCACCAGUUCAGUAAUAAGCAGACGGAGAUGGCUCUGAGGGUGGCAUCGCUUGACUACCUGGGCACGGUCGCUGCCCGCCUGCGGAAAGACGCCGUCACCAGCCAGAUGGACCAGCGCUCCAUUGACCGCAUCCUCAAAGAGACCCAAGGCAAUGAUGAGACCCARCAGCUACAGAAAGCCUUGCUGGAUUACAUGGAUGAGAACGCAGAGACGGAUCCAUCUCUAGUUUUUGCCAGGAAGUUCUACAUAGCUCAGUGGUUCAGGGACACUUUGACAGAGACAGAAAAGGCCAUGAAGUCUCAGAACCAGCGAGGGGACGAGGACUCUUCUGAAGGCCAGCACCACGCCAAGGACAUCGAGAGCACCGGCGAGAUCAUGCAGAGAGCUGAGGCCCGCAAGAAGUACCUCCGCAACAUCAUCAAGACCGCGCCCUCGCAGUUCAGCACACUGAGGAUGAACUCUGACACUGUGGACUAUGACGACUCCUGCCUGAUUGUCAGAUAUUUGGCCUCUAUGAGGCCGUUUGCGCAGAGCUUCGAUAUUUAUUUAACACAGAUCCUGAGAGUGCUGGGGGAGAGUGCCAUAGCUGUCAGAACGAAAGCCAUGAAGUGUUUGUCUGAGGUGGUGGCUGUAGACCCCAGUAUUCUAGCCAGGUUGGACAUGCAGCGCGGGGUCCAUGGUCGUCUGAUGGACAACUCCACCAGUGUUCGCGAGGCUGCAGUGGAGCUGCUGGGACGCUUUGUGCUGAGCAGACCCCAGCUCACAGAGCAGUACUACGACAUGCUGAUCGAGAGAAUACUGGACACGGGUAUCAGUGUGAGGAAGAGGGUGAUCAAGAUCUUGAGAGACAUCUGUCUGGAGCAACCCACCUUCAACAAGAUCACUGAGAUGUGUGUCAAGAUGAUCCGCAGGGUCAACGACGAGGAGGGCAUCAAGAAACUUGUGAAUGAGACCUUCCAGAAACUCUGGUUCACCCCUACACCCAAUCACGAUAAAGACGCCAUGACCCGUAAGAUCCUCAACAUCACAGAUGUGGUGUCUGCAUGCAAAGAUACAGGCUAUGACUGGUUUGAGCAGCUGCUUCAAAACCUGCUGAAGACGGAGGAAGAUGCUUCCUAUAAACCAGCCAGAAAGGCCUGCGUUCAGCUGGUGGACAAUCUAGUGGAACACAUCCUCAAAUACGAAGAGUCUCUCGCUGAUAUCGAGAACAAGGGGGUGAACUCCAAUCGWCUGGUGUCCUGCAUCACCACCCUCUUCCUGUUCAGUAAGAAUCGAGCCCAGCUGAUGGUCAAACAUGCCAUGACCAUGCAGCCUUACCUCACCACCAAGUGCAACACCCAGAGUGACUUCAUGGUGAUCUGUAACGUGGCCAAGAUCCUGGAGCUGGUGAUCCCUCUGAUGGAGCACCCCUCUGAGACCUUCCUCACCACCAUAGAGGAAGACCUCAUGAAACUCACCAUCAAAUACGGCAUGACGGUUGUGCAACACUGUGUGAGCUGUCUUGGAGCUGUCGUGAACCGGGUCACUCACAACUACAAGUUUGUUUGGGCUUGUUUCAACCGUUACUAUGGUGCCCUGACCAAGCUGAAGACCCAGCACUCAGAGGAUUGCAACAAUCCUGUUCUGGCUGCUAACAAACCGGCCUUGCUGCGCUCGCUGUUCACUGUGGGGGCGCUCUGUCGCCACUUUGACUUUGACCAGGAGGASUUCAAGGGCCCCAGCAAGGUUGUGAUAAAGGACAAAGUGAUGGAACUUCUGCUGUACUUCACCAAACAUGAAGAUGAGGAAGUUCAGACCAAGGCCAUCAUUGGUUUAGGCUUCCAGUUCAUCCAGUACCCAGGGCUGAUGUUCAUGCAGGAUGUGAAGAGUCUGUACAACGGCAUCCUGUCGGACAGGAAGAGCUCCGUCAACCUGAAGAUCCAGGUGCUGAAGAACCUGCAGACAUACCUGCAGGAGGAGGAUUCUCGCAUGCAGGAGGCCGACCAACAGUGGAAGAAGCUGUCGAAGCAGGAGGACCUGAAGGAGAUGGGGGACAUCUCGUCAGGCAUGAGCAGCUCCAUCAUGCAGCUGUACCUGAAGCAGGUGCUGGAGGCCUUCUUCCACACACAGUCCAACGUACGACACUUUGCCCUCAACGUCAUCGCCCUGACGCUCAACCAGGGCCUCAUCCAUCCUGUGCAGUGUGUGCCCUACCUGAUUGCCAUGGGAACGGACCCAGAGCCCACCAUGAGGAACAAGGCUGACCAGCAGCUGGUGGAGAUUGAUAAGAAGUACACCGGCUUCAUCCAUAUGAAAGCCGUGGCGGGGAUGAAGAUGUCCUACCAGGUACAGCAAGCUAUCUGGUCAGCUAAGGGUACGGUGAUCCGUGGCUACCGGCAGGACGAGACCACCUCGGCCCUCUGCGCCCACCUCUUCUCYAUGGUCCGAUCCAACCGGCAGCACCGRCGAGCCUUCCUCAUCUCACUGCUCAGCCUGUUUGAUGACAGCUCGAAGAUGGAGGUAAACAUGCUCCUGUACAUAGCAGACAACCUGGCCUGUUUCCCCUACCAGAGCCAGGAGGAGCCCCUGUUCAUCAUGCACCACAUAGACAUCACCCUGUCUGUGUCCGGCAGCAACCUGCUGCAGUCCUUCAAGGAGUCCCUUCUCAAAGAGCCGAGGCGGCGGGAGAAGAAGCAGAAAGAGAGGAAGUACCACUCAGAGGAGGAGAACUCUGAGGAGGAGGAGCGUCACAGCAGCCGCUCCAACAGCAGUGACGAGGACGAUGAGGUGGUCCACAGGCCCAAGAAGCCCAAACACCGGGCCCAGGCCCACGUGGAGUCUGACUCUGACUCUGACCUGGAGAUGGAGGACUUGGACAAGGUGAUGCAGCGUCUGCCUGACAACCCCGUCCCCCUGUUGGACUUUGCCAACGCCUCGCAGGGUAUCCUUCUGCUGUUGGUUCUCAAGCAGCACCUAAAGAACCUCUAUGGCUUCUCAGACAGUAAAAUCCAGAAGUACUCUCCGACGGAAUCGGCCAAGGUGUACGAGAAGGCUGUGAACAGGAAGAGUCACGUGCACUUCAGCCCACGCCAGACAUUGGACUUUUUAACCUCUGACCUGGCCAAUGUUGAACUGACCUACGACAUCAAGAGGAGGAUCGUCAAACAGUAUCUUGAUUUUAAGUUACUGAUGGAGCACUUGGACCCUGAUGAAGAGGAUGAGGAAGGUGAGGCGUCUGCCAGCGCUAAYGCCAGAAACAAAGCCAUCACUUCACUGCUGGGAGGGUCCAGCCACCAGGACCACAAGAACCACCACCAGGCUCCUAUAGAGACGGACGACGACGAGAGYGACGGAGACGAGAAAACCCCAGGGUCAUCACGAAGAUCCAGGAAGCACGGCGACUCUGCGGAGGCAUCAGGUCACAUGAACGAGACGGUAGGUUCCAUGGACGUCAUCGCCCUCUGCUGCCCCAAGUACAAGGACCGGCCACAGAUCGCACGCGUCAUCCAGAAGACCAACACRGGCUACAGGGUGCACUGGAUGGCUGGGUCCUACUCUGGAGUUUGGGCUGAGGCUAAGAAACGGGACGGACGCAAAACUGUGCCUUGGGUGGACACUAUCAAGGAGUCAGACAUUAUUUACAAGAAAAUACCCUUGACGAGUGCACACAAGCUGACGAACAGAGUGGUGCAGACUUUACGGUCACUGUACUCAGCCAAGGACGGAACUUCCUAAUCGACUAUACGGUUACUCUCAGACAGACAAACUCUUUGCAGCCAAACUCUAUUAUGAGGAACCAACGUUUUUCUAAUACAGAAAAUACAAAAAUACUACAGACACGCAAAACAUGAAAUGUAAGCACGAGAUAGAGAGCAAGUAUUGUGAACUUUUGGUCUGUGAUGAACAUUUAAUCUGGAUCCAGGAUAUGUUUAAGUUAAACAGAAAAAACACAAGAAGGAAAUGUUUGGAAAACAUUGUGUGGGAGCUCCUUCGCUGUUGUGCAGCAAACUCGGUUGUUUGAUUUUCCCACUGUAUCAUAGUUUAACAACAAAAAAAGACAAAAAUGUUUAUAUCGCUGACAAAAAUUCUGUUUAAAAAAAUAAACAAAGUGAAUGUUGAAAAUUAGUCUGUUAAUGUUCUUAAUAAAGUGUUCUUGGAGUUUAACCUAGCACCGGAUGGAUUUCUUUAGCUUAGUUUCCAGGGAAGCUACUUUUAAAACUUUUACCUUUUUAUUGUUUUAUUCCCUUUUGUUUACCCAUGCUGUACAAUGGAGUCUCUUGGAUAUAAUUUAUUCGGUUGAAAGCGAAGCAUGCAGUAUAUGUGGCCUACAUGCAGGGGAGGUUUUUUGUAAAUUUAGAUUUUGAUGUAUUAGGUCACCCAAGAGAACGAAAAGGAAUCCCCAGCACUUCUGGCGGAGCAAAUACUGCAAUAAAUUUUUUUACUUCUCUUUGUUA